AUGUCGCCGUCGUCAUCGUCGGACAACACGAAACGCGAGGGUGGCCUCAACGAGCAAAAACACUCCUUCCGUCUUCACCAGAGAGUCAUCACCCCGACGCACCCGACCGAGGGCGAUUACAUCUCCUUGAACUUCGAACAGUUUUUAGUCUUUCUCGCGCUCGUUUUUCUGGCGUAUAAAACGUUCAAAUCGUUUCGAGAGUUGAAGAGUUAUUUGAAACUGUUGCGACGACCGGGCGGGGACAUGAGGGUCACGCACAGGCAGUAUAACAGCGAGGAGGACGACGACGGGUUUGGGAUUGUCUUGGACGACGACGACGACCGGGACGGGGACGGGGGAGGCGAGGCAAAGUUAGAUUAG